CAAGACUCCAAGCUUAUUGGAGGGCCAUCUUGCCUUACGGCUCCAAGCCGCCUUUUACGGCAUUUUUCAGCUCGCCAUUCACUUCGCUGUGAAGAUGGCGUCGGGCAGCGGGACAAAAAACUUGGACUUUCGCCGAAAGUGGGACAAAGAUGAAUAUGAGAAACUCGCCGAGAAGAGGCUCACGGAAGAGAGAGAAAAGAAAGAUGGAAAACCAGUGCAGCCUGUCAAGCGAGAGCUUUUACGGCAUAGGGACUACAAGGUGGACUUGGAAUCCAAGCUUGGGAAGACAAUUGUCAUUACCAAGACAACCCCUCAAUCUGAGAUGGGAGGGUAUUUGGCUGAGGAGUCUAAACUGAUUCUGAGUGAUUUUUCCCUCCAGGAAGAAAAGGCCAAAGCAUACAAGAAAGAAAAACAGAAGGAGAAGAAAAGGAGGGCUGAGGAGGACUUGACAUUUGAGGAGGACGAUGAGAUGGCAGCUGUGAUGGGCUUCUCUGGCUUUGGUUCCACCAAGAAGAGUUACUGAGGCUUUCUAUGCUUGGCCUAACUUGGGCCUAUGCUGGACCUAACUUUGUGUAUGUGUGUGUGUAGUCGGGGGUCAUUUCUUUUUGGGUGAUGGGAAAGUUCUUAAGAGUAUCAAUGGGGAGGGAUAGAGGGUGGGGCUCAUGGUUUCCCUCUACUUUGGGAGAGGGCACAGAUUGCAGAGGUAAUGCUGUGGCAUAUUGCUUCAGCCUCAGUAUAUCGCUGGAGUCAUAGGACCCCUGCCCACCUGAGUUUCCAAUAAAGAAAAACCUCCCCUUCUGAGGCUGCUUUCCCAAAACUCCCCCUGCAUCUUUAUCUCUCCAUCUAUCCAGCCUCUUGUCUGAGCAUCCCACCUUUAUCCUGUGUUAUGCCUUUGUUUUAAUUUUAACUCAUGUUCAGCCUGCAACAGAAGCAUUCUCUAGGUCCCAGUUUCCAGUUGAUUGCAUAUCCUUGACCAGCCCUUUUUCCCAUCCCGCCCUAUGGUUCUCUAGCUACCUGUGCAUGCAUGUGUAUUUCUGCCUGGUUCUAUGGUGUGUGGAUGUGUGUGCAUGAAUCUGUCACAUAGAGGGGGCCUGAGCUGGAAUCCUAGAGCAUUGCUGCCCUGGGGCCUGAUGUUCUUGGCUUCCUCAGAGCAUGUAACAGGAAAUUAAAUGGGAUGAGUGUUUGGUGUGGUUUGUGUCUGAUGAGUUUUUUAACAUUCAGGUGUAGAUUGUUUCAGGUUCUCGUUUCAUUUUCCUGAGGAUUUCUGUUUUUGUCUUCCUUGUGAGCAGGCUUUUGGAAGAACCUGUUUGAUGCAAAGAAGAAAAUGAAAAACAAAACAAAACAAAAAAUCCCCAAAACCUUAUUAUGGGAGCCCUUGGGUCUUAGAAGCUGUUCAACAUGUAUAAUAAAUGGCAUUGACUGGGCCUGUUUUA